AUGGCCACUGGUGACAAAUACAGGAUUCUAUGCACCAAACGCAAAGAGCUGAUACAAAUUAUUCAAAGAGACCCUGAUAACAUCUUGGAUGAGUUACUUGCCCAGUCCAUCAUCACAGAGGAGGAGUACAACAGCUUCUAUCAAAAAGAGGACAUAGUGAUCAAAAUCAGGAAGUUGUUAAUUCACAUACAGAAAAAAGGGGAGUCAACCUGCCAGCAAUUUCUGGAGUGUUUAGAAAUCCUCUUUCCUGGCAUCAAUCAGGAUUUACAACCUUCUGGCCAUGUUAUUUUUCAGGACUCUAAGGGAGACACCAGAGAAGAACUGGAAGAGGGGACAGAAGGAUCUUCAAGUAUGGAGAAUGAACCCGAGAAUUUAGGAGGCACUAUGUUCUCAGAAAAAGAAAGUGCUGAAGAGAAAAAUAAAGCUUUGCAAGGACUCCUUUCUAAGCUAAACCUGCAGGAAUACCAAAGCACAAAACUCAGGCUGCGGGAUGUCCUGGAAAUUGGCUCAGAAAGUAUAGAAAACUGGACUCCUCAGAUGUUAGGGGAUUUACCUUGGCAUUUCCUGAGGAAACUAAUGACUCUGAAUGGGACACCCAGAAAUACAAGCCUUGUGCAUAGGGCAUAUGAUGAUGAAGGAGGCAGUGAGGAGGCACAGAUUGCAAGUGGAGAUGUUUUUAGUUUUAAUGACACUGACAACAGAGUUUCUCUACAUCCCCUUGAUGUUCUCUGUGCUGUUCUGCUUUGCUCAGACAGUUUCCUACAGCAGGAGAUCCUGUCCAAAAUGUCCAUGUGCCAGUUUGCCCUCCCUCUGCUGCUACCUGCCCUCGACACCCCCAGGUGCACCCUAAUGCUGUGGGCCAUGAGGGACAUUGUGAAGAAGUGGAGGCCGCACUCCCUGGCAGAGAGCAGAGGGUUCAGAGAGGAGAGCCUGGUGCUCACAGCAAUGCCAACCAUUUCCUUUGUGCGGCUGGGGAGCUGCAGCUUCUCCAAGUCCAGACUCCUCAAUGAGGUUCUCAGCCCCUCUCAGCAGCACCACGAUUUCUUCAUCCAUCAUGACAUGGAGUCUGGGAACGUCCCUCGGGAAAUCGCAGAUGGGCUGGUCGAGAUUUCCUGGUAUUUCCCUGGAGGGACGGAGAAUUCAGAUCUUUUCCCAGAGCCCGUUGCAAUUACAAAUCUGCGUGGAAACAUUGAGUCCCACUGGCUACAAUUUACCUUUUUAACAGUGGUCUCCUCAGCAGUGUUCAUAGUUACUGAGAGCAUCAGUGAGAGGCAAUACACACUGUUAUCAUCUCUGCAGGGAUCAGCCACUAAAUACUACUUCAUCCUCAAUUGCAAGAAUGGAAAUCCCAUGGAAACAUUGGAAUUCCUUAAUAAGUUGGCUCCAGUGCUGAAUCUGAGCAAAUCACAGCUACUGAAGAAAGACAGCACCACAAAUAAUGCAGGAUUUGUGCAAAAACUGAAAUCUGCCAUAAAAAGCAUAACGAGUUCACAUCCCGAGAGAAUGAAUUUGGAAGCCAUGGCUGUGACCGCACGUGAACUAGGAAUCCAGGUAGAUGAGGACCGAAAGGAAUGUCAGAUUGCAAGGAAGUGGGCUAGAGAAAUCACUGUGGAAAUAAAAGAUGUGGCAAAGUACAAGAGGGAAAUGCUGAGGCUGCAGGGGGAUCUCUGGGAAGAAUUGGCUAAAGUGGAAAAAGAACUGUGCAGAAUGAGAAGGCAAGGGGAGACUGCCACCGAAGACUAUAAAUGUCAACUGAGAGAGAAAUGGUUGGAAUUACGUAGACAGCAGGAUCAAUGUGACCUUACUGAUGGAUUGAUUAAAUUUAUUAAUGGAAUAGGACAAUUGCCUUCAAUGGAGAAACAUUACUUUCUGAAAUGGAUGAAGUUUAGCCUGGAUCACAUUGCUCGAGAUAAUCUUUUUAAACUACGGGAUCAAUAUAAAGGGAAAAGUAAAAUGGCAGGAGAUGACCCACAAGCGCUAGCCAUGCUGGAUAAACUAAUCUCUGCCAGUUCCUUAGGGGUGGAGCAUUUCAUGCGUGAGUUGGGGCAGUUCCAUGAGGCUGAAUGCUCCAUAGUUCAAGAAGGUAAAAUAGCAGAAAGACAAAGACAAUUCACCCGUCUCCCAGGCAUAGCAGCUGACCUGAUGCUGGAAGGGUUUCCCAUGGAGCUGAUCGAUGGAGAUGCCUCCAACAUCCCACUGCAGUGGGUGACAGAUGUUCUGACCCAGCUCCAUGCCAAGCUGGGGGGAAGGUCCAGAAUGCUGGUUCUAACGGUGCUGGGAGUGCAGAGCACUGGGAAAUCCACCCUCCUCAACACCAUGUUCGGCCUGCAGUUUGCAGUGAGCAGUGGCCGAUGUACGCGAGGAGCCUUCAUGUCCCUCAUUAAAGUCACAGAGAACUUUCAGCAGGAGCUGGGCUGUGACUUCAUCCUGGUGAUAGACACAGAAGGCCUGAAAGCCCCUGAACUGGCCAAGCUGGAGGACAGUUAUGAACAUGACAAUGAGCUGGCCACACUGGUGAUUGGACUGAGUGACAUAACCAUUGUUAACAUGGCCAUGGAGAACGCCACCGAAAUGAAAGAUAUUCUGCAAAUUGUGGUCCAUGCAUUUCUCAGAAUGGAAAAAAUAGGGCAUAAGCCAAACUGCCAGUUUGUGCAUCAGAACGUCAGUGAUGUGUCUGCACAUGAACAAAACAUGAGGGACAGGAAACACCUCCUGGAGCAGCUGAAUGAAAUGAUCAAAGCUGCAGCAAAGAUGGAAAAACUAAACAAGGAAAUAAAAUUUUCUGAUAUCAUGGAGUAUGAUCUGGAAAAACACAAUUGGUACAUCCCUGGGCUGUGGCAUGGAGUCCCUCCCAUGGCUCCAGUGAAUAUGGGAUACAGUGAAAAAGUGUAUGAGUUAAAGAGGUAUCUGUUUGAAUUCAUAAAGAACCGUUCACUUAAAAGAACCCCCAAGGACAUUCCACAGUUUAUUGAAUGGGUCAAGAGUCUGUGGAAUGCUGUCAAACAUGAGAACUUCAUCUUCAGCUUUAGAAACAGCCUCAUAGCUGAAGCCUAUAACCAGCUGUCCGUGAAGUAUUCUGAGUGGGAAUGGGAUUUCCGCAAGGAAAUGCACCUCUGGAUAACUGAAAAAGAAACUGCCAUUCAGAAUCUUUCUCCUGAUGAACUAGAAGCUGAUAAGUCACAAUAUGAAAUGCAACAGAAACUACUGUGUGGAGAACAGAGAAUUCUGGAGCUUUUAAAACAAUAUUUUGAAAGCGGGGCAGCAAAUCUGCAUCUGAUAGAAAAGUACAGGGAAGAUUUUAUCAGAAGUGCAAAGAGCCUGAAAACUGAGCUGGAAAGUUAUUCAUUUAAGAAAUGUAAGGAAGCCAUUCACAUUAAAAAAGGCCAGCACAAGAUAGCCAAUAUCCAGGCUGAGUACAUGAAAGUAAUUGAAGGGAAAGUGGACAUGCUUUUAGAACAAUGCAGGAGAAAAGAAAGUAAGUUGGAAAAUAAAGAAUUGGAAAUGGAAUUUGAAAAAAUGUGGAAAGAAACAUUUUCAGAAUUAUCGCCCAUUUGUUUACAGAAACAUGAAAUUCAUGAAGAUAUAGAGUUCCAUCUGAGAAAAGACCUGGAUAACAGAGGGAGUUCUGUCAAUCAGAAGAUACAAGAAGCAGGAAGCUUGCUGAAUUAUAGAAUUAACUCUUUCACGAUGAGAACUGAAUACUUAGACUUAUCAUUUACCUCAGCUAUGAAAUGUUGGUUUACAAAAAAACAGUCACAGAAAACAGAAAAACUUGCUGAAUCCUUGAUGGCCCAAUGUAAUAGUUACAUUGAAGAGAGAGUCUAUUCCAAGGCAGACUAUGAUGAAACCUAUUGCAGAGAAUUGUUGCAUUUGAUCAAUGAGAAACUUCAACAGGAGGAAGUGAAAAAACUGCAGACGUCUGUUUGCUUUGAAGUUGAUCUGAAACUUCACAUUUUGGGGGAAGCCGCUCAUGCAUUUCAGAAGAUGCAUGAAGAUUUUCUCAAGGAAAAUGAUCCUCAGCAACGACUGGAGAAGCUGAAACCUCAGUAUUUCUCUACAUUUAGAGACCAUUACUUGGAAAAAGAUGCCCGACAAAAUAGAGCCAAGGAGUUCUGUGAUCAGUGUCUCAAACCGGCCUUAAUGGAUUAUGUUAGCAAAAGACUCGGACUGGAAAUAGUGGAUGACAUUCUCAGCAGCGGACAGUCUAUUGAAUAUGCCAGCCGGAGCUUUUUCCAGUUCACUGUGCAGAAGAAGCUGUUAGAAGAUGGGAACUUCAACAACUAUGUGAAAUACAUUAUCAACUAUGAAAAGUUUGUCAAAGCUUGGAUAUGGAGGCACAUACUAGAUUUCUACAGAGAGGCUGAGGAUUUGGAAGAUCUGGAGGAAGAAAUUCUAUCCACGAUAAUAAAGAAAGUCAGGGAUGCUCUGGAGAAAGCCAAAGAUGAAAGUGUUAUGACAAUAUCAGCCUUUCUAAACAACUUUUGUAAAGUGCUGCAGAAGGACCUAGUCAUUUCCAAGGAUAGCUUGGUGGGGAUACAGUUUAAAAACACAGCAGAUCCAGAUCAAUUUUCUACUUUUAUUCAAACCUUCCUUCCUGAUCUUCAGAAACAAAUACUAGCUGAAUUGAAAGAUUUGGAAAUUAAAUCAAAGCUCUCCCAUCUGCCACUGAAGCCCCAGGAUGAAAUCUUCAAGCGAGUGUUUGGCUGUGGGAAGCAGUGUCCGUUCUGUAAAGUCCCCUGCGAAGCAGGAGGAGGGGAUCAUAAGGAGCAUUUUGCAUCAGUACAUCGUCCUCAAGGGCUAGGAAGAUACCGAAGUCUGGUAACAGAAAAGCUUAUCUAUUCUCUAUGUUCUUCUGAUGUGGUUUCCAACACUGAAUUUAGAAAUUCAGACACAGAUUGGAAGGAUCAUCCUUAUAAAGAUUAUCGUCAAUAUUACCCGCACUGGCGCAUUCAGCCAGAACCCAGCAUUACUGCUUCUGAUUACUGGAAAUUUGUUUUUAAGGAGUUCAAUCAACAGUUUGCUAAGGAGUAUGGUGCUAAACCAGCCAAUCUCCCAGCAGACUGGCAAAAAAUAACCAAAGAACAGGCUCUGGAGAGCCUAAAGGAAGCAUUUACUAUGAAAUAA